AUGUUUCCUGGCGUGGACGAGGCGGUUCAGGCGCUACUUCAUGGACAAGAAAGUGCUAAUCGCCUGAAGUCGGUCCUCGAACACCCGAGGACAAGCUCGGUUCCAACCGAGCCUCUCUUUGAUACCGUUCUUGAGUCUUUCUCAACUGCUCUCUCGUUCUUUACCAACUUCACUUCUUGUGAACCUCGACAAUACCAUGAUUCCUCUCAAAACAUGGCUACUCUUGUUGCUCGGAAAUCGCCAAAGAAAAAGAGCUAUACGAAAGACGGUUUAACGCACUACAGAGACGAUUCACCAACUCCACUCCACCACGACGGUUUUUCUUGGAGGAAGUAUGGACAAAAGAAAAUCAAAACUUCUACCCACCAAAGGUGUUACUUUCGUUGUGCCUAUGCGAAAGACCAAAACUGUAACGCUACGAAGCGGGUGCAGCAGAUCCAAGACAGUCCUUCCGUGUACAGAACCACUUACAUCGGAAAACACAAAUGUCAAGUUACGGUUUUUUCGCAGCCUAGUGAAGAUAUCACAGACGGUUCCAAGAUGAUUCAAUUCGAUAGACUCGACCAACUCAUGCCUGACUUGGUUCUCCCUCAACUCGUAUCAGUUGAUCACCAAGAAACCAUCGAAAACGAAGGCACGUACCAUACCAAUACCAUGAACCAAGAUUAUGUUAAUGAUGAGUUGUUGGUCGAUGAUGAAAAGUUUUGGGCGUAUCAGUUUCCUCCGUUUUCUCCUGGAAAUUUUAUGUUCUUGGACAAUAUUUCUACUUUUGAUUGA